AUGGAAUCAGCAUCUUCGGACACAUUCACUGUACAGAUACGCUCACCUUCACUCAACGAGACUUUGACUAUCAAUACAAACAAGGAUGCUUCCAUUCGAGAAUUGAAGCGUCUCGUUCACGGCAUCCAUCCGAGGAACCCACAUGCCAACGAUCAGCGUAUUAUCUUUGGAGGACGAGUGCUUGACGAUAAUGAAAUCCUGGGCAAAAUCCUGGAACGGGCUGAUUCAUCCAAUAUCCCAACGCUGCAUUUGGUCGUCAAACCAUCACUUACACGCAACUAUGCAAGUGGCUCUUCAUCAUCGAUAACCAACAACAUGGCAUCAUCCUCGCAACAAACAUCAACAUCUCAACCACAGCAGCAGCAGCCACCAACUACACCCUUCUUCCCUACAUCACAACCACCACCACAGCAACAACAAGGACCACCACAACCACAAGCUGUUCCAGGAUACCCGCCAUUAUUGCCAGGAGGAUAUCAAGUGGUGGCACUCAAUGGUCAAUACUAUCUUGCACCUGUGCUUGUGCCUACGAUCAAUCCUCCAAUGCAAUCGCAACACGUAUACAACCAGGGAAUACCAGCCCAAGGAAAUAAUCUUCCCGCCAAUGGUGGUCAUCAACAACAGCAACAGCAACAGCAACCUGUUAGACCACGUGGCAACAAUGCACAACAACGAGCAGCAUCCGUAUGGCUUGCAUUGAAAUUGAUAUUCAUUUUGUUUAUUUUAUGUCAAGACGCCAGCAUUGAAAGGAUCAUAUUUUUUCAUGCCAUUGCAUUUGUUUUUUUCCUAUACCAAACCGGCCGAUUGCGAUUCGUUAUUCGCCAGGUGCGUCCUGAAGACUUGCAUCGGAAUAUAGGCGGUGAUGGUGGUCAUCAUCAUCAUCAUCAUCAUCCACAACAACAGGCUGCUCCUGCUCCUCCUCAACAACCACAACCACAACAACCACAACAACCCGUAACCCCACCAGCAGAAGCGAGAGGUGACAAUGGACAAGAUGCAGUAGCUGCCAAUUUAGGUAAUGCCAAUGAAGAAGGGAUGCGACAACGACGUCCACAACAUACCCAACAACGACCAGCCACAUCGGAUGAACAACAGCCACAACAACCUGCCACAUUGCUCGCCACAUUGAAACGUGGUGCAUACACAUUCGUUGCUUCUUUAUGGCCCAACUAUGGACAUGACGCUCGCAUUGCACAAGCAUUGGAUAAUGGUCAACAGGAAGCUUGGGAAGGCUUUUAA